CCGUGCCACAGAACCCCGAUGCCUCCACGCAGCAUUAUCUCCUACCCCGCCUUAUUCUUCCAAUCAACAUGCGUGUUCCCCUUUUCCGUCCCUCCCUUCGUCGAGAACCUGGUUUUGUAUGCACGCUCUGCUGGCAGGCGCAGGACAGCGCGCCGAAGCUGCUCGGGGCAUCGCGCAUCGCAUGUCGGCGCUGCUGGAAAGCAGUCUUGGAUCUGAGUAUCUGCUGGGUGUGCGGUGAGUGGAUCAUGCGCGGUGAGGAAGUAAUGAGCCUAGGGUGGUGCUUUUGGCAUCGAGGAUGUUUCGGGUGCUUGAUGUGUGGGAUGAAGAUAGACCUGCCAGGGGAAGAAGGUAAUAGAAGGAAAGAUAGGGGUAAGGGGGUGGAGUUGAGUAGUGUGCCGCUGUGCCAUGUGUGUUGGAUUCAGACUGCAGGGGAGGGCGAGGGGACGGUUUUCGAGAGGGGCUUUGAAAGGUUGAGGAGGUUUGAUGGGGGGUUGAGUCGGGAUAGGAUAGAGAGGCUGGCUGAGGAUGAUGGGUUGGAUGGGUUUGAGGAUGGGCCUUUUACGCAUAAUGGUCAAGUUAGGAACACUUGGAACAACUCUGUCGAGACUAGAGGCUCUGGUACGCAGACUUCCUCACUCGACAACAUUGCGCGAAUUGGGAUGUCAGAAGAGGGAAGUAUGGGCGAUGGUGCUCAUCACCACAGCAUUGAGGAACUGUGCGAAUGUCGGGAGACAAAGGAUAUACCCCACAAAAUUUACAACUCAAACCUCGAUCCUAUCGGUGACCCUGCUUUCAGACCGAGUAAGACAAAACUUUUCCCCAAAUGGAUGUCGCUGCUCCCAAAGAACGUUGAGAGAGAAAGAGAGCACCAGCAGAAAGGUUCAGGGCCUGGAUCGUGUACUCCUAACACACUAUCAAGACCAUCAACUGCAUGUCCAUCUCCUAAUAUACCGAACUUCACGAGACACCGUCCUGCGGCGGUACAGAUUCCAAUUGACCCGUAUCAUACAAAGCGUGUAUUUGGGAACAACAGGCGCCGGGCACGGCAAUCUCAGACUACUGAGUCCAUAUACAUGACACCUCCAGAAAGCCCUCAGGUUUGCCUGUCACAAAGACAAGGAGUUUCUUAUCCCGGGGCUUCUCCUACUCCUAUGAAUCGAAUAUCCAGAAGCGUGGAUUUCCCCUCUAUUCCGGCUCAAGACCCUAACAUUCACAACAUAGUCCAAGACUCCUAUUACUCAUUGAGUGCCGAAUCGCAAGCAGCCGACCCUUCUAUAGAUGAAUCGCCUCCAAUCAUGAGCCCAUCACUACAUCAACCCUCUGCGCCAUCUGUAUCAAAGUCUUCUGGAUGCUCUUCUGAAUACUUGGAUAGGUACCAGCAGGAAAGCUCUGGUGCUAGAUAUCAGAGAUACAUGGCUAGGUCAGCUGUGCCUGUAAUUGAAAGGAUCAGGAGACAGGCGCUCGAGAAACAGAGCAUGACACAGGCGGCUAAAGGAGUCGCAGGAAAGAUAGGUUAUAGCGAAAGGAGGGUACAUCUGGGCAGUGAAGAAUAUCAUCUGAAUCAGACAAAGGAGGACUUGAGAAAGGAACUGAGGAGUUUGUUCUGUGAGGAAUAGCCGUUUUGAAAUAUUCCAGAAUGAAAAACUG